CUAUUUAUACAGAGUAGCCUUCCUCCACUCUGCUUCAUUCAUAUUUCCUGUCUUCUACCUCUCUCUCUCUCUCUCUUCCUUCUGUCUUUAAACAAAAAGAAAAAGGAAAGAAAAUACGAGUCAAAGAAAUGAAAGAAAAGUUUCUUGGGCUUAUCACCUUUCUGCUCUUUGCUUUUCUUCUUUGCUCCUACUCAACCUCUGCUCGUCUCCUGGCACAGAAACAAGGUGAGAAGGAGCUUAAAGCUAACCAGAUCAAUCAAGCUGGUUUAUUGGCUACAGAUGUCAAAGAAGAUUUCUCAAACUUGAUGGGAUCAGAAGAGUGUUAUGAGAAAGAUGAGGAAUGUCUGAAAAGGAGGAUGAUUGCAGAAGCUCAUCUCGAUUACAUUUACACUCAACAUCAUAAGCCUUAGAUAAAAUAAUCCAUACAAGGAAUAUUAUAGUGUGUACUUUUAUGCUCAAUCAAGAGAAAAGUUGUGUUUAGUUAUAAAGUUGUAUGUAACUAUCACCCAAGGGCCAGGGCCAAGAAAGAAAAAGAAUGUAACAACUACUCUUAUAUAUAACCAUAGUGAUUAGUAAACUAUAUGAAUGCAAGGAAUGAUUAAUAGUAAUUUCAUCUGUUUCAA